AUGAUUACUUCAAGCAUUACACACUUGGUUAAUGUGAUGCAGGAGGAUUUUGAGGAGCAUGCUGCGAAAGUCAAGACUCUAAAAGAGAGUCCAUCAAAUGAAAACUUGCUUAUCCUUUAUGGAUUGUACAAGCAAGCCACUCUUGGACCUGUUACCACCGGCCUUGGAGCUGUCUGGAACACUGCAAAAGUUGAGCCAGGGUCAAUUGUUGCAAUUUUCGGCCUUGGAACUGUUGGUCUUGCUAUUGCAGAGGGUGCAAAAAGUGCUGGUGCAUCACGGGUUAUUGGCAUAGAUAUUGAUAGCAACAAGUAUGAUACAGAUAACUUGAGUGGUAGUAUUGAUGAACCUUUGGAGGAUGGGGAUAGCGCUCUUCAUUUGACCUGUUUGUACGGCCAUUUUGGAUGCGCACAGCUUCUACUAGAAAGAGGAGCUGAUUUGGAGGCUAAAGAUGAGGAUGGAGCAAUUCCUUUACACGAUGCGUGUGCAGGAGGGUUUUUGGAGAUAGUCCAACUUCUACUUAACAGAGCUAAUGACGCCGAGCAUAUAAAAAGGAUGUUAGAAUCAGUCGAUUCUGAGGGUGAUACUCCUCUUCAUCAUGCUGCAAGAGGUGAGCAUGCUGAUGUAAUUAGGUUGUUGCUUUCUAAUGGUGCAUCAGCCACAAAGGAAAACUUAUAUGGAAAGACCCCUGCAGAGUUACCUGAACACGGCACAGAUGCUAGGAGGCUGCUUGAAGCUGCUACUACUGCCAUGGCAACCUAAUAAUAGGCAUUAACAUGGUGAUUAGUACAAAUAUUUAGUUUAAUUUUGAUAAAGCUCAAUGUUUGUUCAUAAAUUUGUGUAAUUAAUGUGUACAUUUGUAGUAUAUGUUAUGACUUGUAAAUGUGUACAUAAAUUUGUAUAUAUUUUGAUACAUUUAAGGCAAAAUUGGUUUGAAUUGGUAUA